UUUGACCAUGCAAACGGGAGAUGUUGUGAUAGUAUGGCUUCCGUCGGGACAUCUGAGAAAAUGUAUACCAUCGACAUCAGAAAAACCGACGAUCCGACAAGAUUCUAUUUUCACAAGAAUUGAUAUUCAGCGUGGAUAUUAUCAAAACGCAAGCCAAUAUUUUAGAAGCAUGGAUACAGUUUUGAAAAUUUCACGGCAUUUUCACCAUGAAGAGAGGAGCAGAUCAGACAUCCAUCAGCUCCUUUUUUGGAACUCCGUCCAAACGACAAGCGAUUGAAACGAGCGAUGGAAAACCUGCAAACAACAGCCCGAAAUCGACUAAACACCGAGAUGCAUUUUAUAAGCCAUGGCUACAGAAGUACACAUGGAUUGUGCAUGAAGAUGACGAAGGCAUGUUCUGUGCUCUGUGCACAAAACAUAAGCAACUUCCAAGGAAUGGCAGCACAAGCUGGAUUAAGACACCUUGCCAGUCCUACAGGGAAGAUGCUAUUAGGAGGCAUCAAGAUUCAACAUGCCAUAUUGUUGAAAUUAUGUUGUGUAUUUAAAUAAUAUUACAUUCUUGUCAUUAAAUAGUUGCUAUAUAAGUUGAUUUGUAGAUUUGUAUAACUAUUAUAGAUCUAUGUAAUAGUUGCUAUUAAUAUAAUUUAAGUUAAUUUAUUUAGAUAUUAUAGUGCAAUUAUUAAAUAAUUGAAAUGUUUUAUCUUUAAACUUGACAAUGUAUUAUGAUCUUGAUAUGAAUGUUUAUUUAUACCAGUAAUAGUUG